UUGGCUUGGGUCUGAGCGCUGGCCUGUAGCUCUUGAGUCUCGAAGAUGGCGGCGCUGUGUGUGUCCUGCUUUACCAGAAAAGGCUUCAUGUGGAUAGUUUCAGGGGCGCCACGCAGACAAUUUUGGUCUCGUUUCAGAAAGGAGAAAGAGCCGGGAGUAGCCGAGACAGUAGAAGAGGUGAAAAAGGAACCUGUUCUGGCGUGUCCACCUUUACGAAGCAGAACAUACAUACCACCUGAAGAUCUCCAGAGUCGUUUGGAAUCUUGUGUUAAAGAAGUUUUUGGUUCACCUCUUUCUGGUAAUUGGCAGGACAUCUCCCUGGAAGAUGGUCUUCUGAAGUUCAAUCUCUUGUCAAAUUUAGCUGAUGACUUGGGCCACGCAGUCCCUAAUUCCAGGCUUCACCAGAUGUGCAGAGUUAAAGAUGUUCUUGAUUUCUAUAGUGUCCCUGUUCAGGAUAGAUCUAAAUUUGAUGAACUUAAGGCUAGUAAUCUGCCUCCUAAUUUGAAAAUCACUUGGAGUUACUGAGCAAAAGGGGAGCAUACUGAAAUUAUUUUCCCCUUGAGG